AUGCCCUUCCCACGCGCCCUCCGCCUCCCUCGGGGCCAAGCCCUCACCACCCCCCGCCCCAAGAUCACCCGCCGCACAUACGCCUCCGACCCCUCCGCACCACCAAGCGGCGGCGGCGGCAACAACACAAUCAUGAUAAUCGGCGCCGCCCUCGGCAUCCCAGCCGCAUUCUACCUGUUCAUGGGCCGCGGCGACACGCACCCAACACCCUCGGAGAAGGACAAGCCCGCGACCCGCAAGGCGCCCGCAGGCGAGGGCAGCAUGAGCAGCAAGCAGGAGGGCCUGAGCAACGCGGACACGAGCAACCCGUACGUCAACGAGCCCGGCAAGAGUAUCACGGGCGAGGGGGAGACGGAGACGGCCAAGUUUAAGGGGACGGUUUCGCCGCAGAGGCCGCAGAAUUAG